CAGUUUCAUGUCGUCCACUCCGUACGGUCAAUAAAUGCUUUUCAACUCCAUUGUUCUCGAGUUGGAGCGGCUUAUAAAAUAAAAUUCUAUUAUUCGUUUUUCCAUGGCACGUUGUUUGCCCGGUUUAACAUGAUAAAAGAUGGCUUUCCACAUUCGAUUUUCACAUGGGACGUUGGAAACUGCAUAAUGACGCAAGUUACUGGUCCUAAAGUCGAACGUUAAUUAAAUUAGAGCUGACUUAUGGAAAAUAUAUAUAAUUAAAGACAUCUGCAUCCGACUAAUUAGUUUUGGUUCUGAUUAAUUGAUGUUUGGAAACUGAUAUCGAGGUAGGAUUAUGUCAUUGUCAAUGUCAAAACGUUGAUUUGUCGUAAUAAGUUUCUUCAGGUAAGUCAUUUAAUUUUUAGUUUAGAUCUUUGAUAUGCGGUUUAGAGUAUACUAAAAUUUUUCGAUUACAAAUCGAUCAAUUUUGAUUAGAAUUUUAUAUCUUGAUGACCUCAAGUCAUCGAAAGAAGAUUGGACGUGCUGUUGUUGAUGUAAUCUAGACAAGAUGCCUUGUCCAUUUCUGACAAGGUUGAGACAAAACUCUAAUAAUUAUAAUCCGCAGUUGCUGAAAACAUUUACAGAGCAAAUCACCACGCAGUCAAGAACAAAAACAACUGACAGGAAACAUGUUUGUCCAUUCCUAAACGAAGUUAACAACCUCAUCAAAGAAGUUAAGAACGACGACACAAUUAUUUGUGUUGACAAAGCAAAAGAUAAAACAGUAGGAAUGUACGACUACGACAAAUUCUUCAACGAACAAAUAAUGAAAAAGAAACAGGAACACUCUUAUCGCAUAUUCAAGAAAGUCGACAGACUCGCAGUCCCGGGCAAGUUUCCACGAGCAAUCGAACACACCUACGGCCCCAACAUGAUAACGGUGUGGUGUUCGAACGACUACUUGGGAAUGUCUUGCCAUCCCAGCGUUAUCGAAUCGGCGAAAAACGCCUUGGAAACGUAUGGAAGUGGUGCUGGGGGUACCAGAAACAUUUCCGGCAACUCCACGUUGCACGAACGACUCGAACGCAGCAUCGCGAAGCUGCACAAUAAGGAGAAAGCUUUGAUAUUCAGUUCUUGUUUCGUCGCCAACGACGCCACGUUGUUCACAUUGUUGCGCGCACUUCCGGGUUGCCACGUGUUUUCGGAUCAGAACAACCACGCGUCCAUGAUUCAGGGUGUGAGAAACAGCCGGGUGCCCAAACAUAUUUUCCGACACAACGACUGCGAACAUCUGGAGGAGCUAUUGCAAACUGUAGACAAGGACGUGCCAAAAAUUGUGGCGUUUGAAACCGUUCAUUCCAUGUCCGGGACGAUUUGUCCUUUGGAACGGCUCUGCGAUUUGUCCCACAAAUACGGGGCUUUGACGUUUGUUGACGAAGUUCACGCAGUCGGUUUGUACGGGUUCCAUGGUGCGGGUGUUGGGGAGCGAGAUAAUGUCUUACACAAGAUAGAUAUUAUAUCGGGAACUUUAGGAAAAGCUUUCGGAAACGUCGGAGGUUAUAUUGCAGGUGAUUCCAAUCUAAUUGAUACAGUUAGAUCGUAUGCACCCGGCUUCAUUUUCACCACCUCCUUGCCGCCUUCUGUUUUGGCCGGGGCCAUUGAGAGCAUAAAAAUUUUGUCAUCCGACGAAGGCAGGGCACUCAGAACAAAGCACCAGAACAAUGUAGGCUACCUAAAAAAAUGUCUACUGAAAAAUAAGCUGCCCAUUGAACAAACACCCAGUCACAUAAUUCCAAUUAGGGUAGGCGAUCCGAAAAAAUGCACUUUGAUCUCAGACACACUCUUAAGAGAUUACAAGCAAUACAUCCAGGCAAUAAACUAUCCGACCGUGGUUAAAGGCGAGGAGAAGUUGAGAUUGGCUCCGACUCCUUUUCACACCCGUAGUAUGAUCGACGAACUAGUCAGGGAUCUAAAGGAAGUUUGGGAUCAAUUGAGAAUGCCAUUCAAUUACCCAAAUUCAGGAACCUCACAAAAAAAUAAUGUCUUUAAUAUAUAAUAAUUGGUUGUUUUAAGGUUUAAUAAAAGUACCUUAGUUA